AUGGCUACACUUAAGAAAGCCUUCCUAAUAUUAACGUUGGAAAACAAAGCAGGAGUAUAUGAUAUCAGCACUGAACCCUCAGGAGUAGCCAGGCUGAGAUUUUUUCCAAUCUUUAUUGACCCAGAGGAAGCUAAUGUAAUUUACGAUGCUCUGUAUCACGAGUUGCCAUGGAGACAGAGGUCGGAUGUGAAGAAGACGGGGGAGUCAUUCCUACAACCUCGGCUGACGGCGUGGUACGGAGAUAUUCCCUACUCCUACUCAGGCCUCACUCAUCAGGCGUGCCCAGAGUGGCACCCCACUCUGCUGAUGCUGAAGGAACGCCUGGAGGAAGUAACAGGGAUCCACUUCAAUUCCAUGCUUGCUAAUCUGUAUCGUGACGGCCAUGACUCUGUGGCCUGGCAUUCUGAUGAUGAACAUUCUCUGGGGCUGGAACCCACCAUUGCAUCACUGUCGUUUGGAGACACUAGAAACUUUGAACUCAGAAAGAAGCCUCCCCCUGAGGAGAAUGGUGAUUACACAUACAUGGAACAUAUAAAGGUUCCUUUGAUGCAUGGAUCACUUCUUAUAAUGGAGGGGGCAUCACAAACGGACUGGCAGGUUAGUAUAAUAGUAUAUUUACAUUUGCAAAUGUUUGCCCUUAUAUAA